AUGCAUUAUCUGAGCCUUGUUUUCUUAAAUUAUUUACUGUCGGAGUCUAGUGGAUCACUGGUACCGUUUAUUAAACCUUGCAAAAGCGAUGACACCGAAUGCCUCAAAGCCAGUACCCAAAUCGCAAUUCCCUACUUAGGCAAAGGUUUUCCUGAGCUAGGUGUUCCUCCUGGCGACUCACUAAAUUUUAAGGAAAUUAACGCUGAUCAGGGUGAAUUAAAACUUAAUUUCAGAGACACGAAAUUAGUUGGCACUAGUAAGUGCCAGGUUAUAAAUGUUGAGAGAGACGUCAAACAAUCGACUAUUUCAAUUGAGAUUGACUGUCCCUUAUUAAUCACUGGUCUUUACAAGUUAGAUGGCAAACUUCUUUUCAUACCAGCUCAAGGAGAUGGUGAUUUUGAAAUCAAAACAGAUAAAGCUAAGAUCAUUGCCACGUAUAAAUAUAAGACAGUCAAUGGGAAAAACGGUCAAAAACAUUGGAAAAUCGUCGGCUAUGAGUAUUCCUAUCAUCCUAUCGAAAGAGUUUAUAUCAAGCUUCAAAACCUCUUCAAUGGAGAUGAAGAAAAAGCUAAACCAAUUCAAGAUAUUUUGAACAAGAGCUGGAAGGAAUUAAUUUCAGAGAUUGGAACACCUAUUAUCAAGGAAUUGAUAGCUAAAACCGUAGAGUCAAUAAAGAAGUUUUUGUUAGCUGUACCAACGACUGAACUUGAAUUAUCAUAA